UCUAUAAAUUCAGUUUAACAAAAAACCAAGAAGAAUUUUGAUUAUAAUUAGUUCUGAAAAUAUAUAGUAUAUAUAUAUAUAUAUGAUGAUCACUGCAGCAUCCAAAAGUACGAAAACCUCAACCACCGAUAUUACGAAGAAUACCACCACAACCACAAUGAAAGCAGUGAAACCCAUGAUGAAAAAAUUUGUUGGUGUCCGACAAAGGCCAUCAGGGCGGUGGGUGGCUGAGAUCAAAGACUCCUCUCAGAAGGUGAGGUUAUGGCUUGGUACCUACGACACCCCUGAAGAAGCUGCUCGAGCCUAUGAUGAAGCUGCUCGGGCCUUGAGAGGUGAAAACGCAAGAACCAACUUUGCUCCUUUGGUUAAUUCAGUAAUAUCCGAUUCCUUAUCAGAAUCAGAUUCAAGACGUGCGCUUAGCUUUUCUUCAUUAAAAGCGAGGCUCAGCAAGAACUUACAAAGCAUCAUGGCAAGAACCACAGAGAAUAAUAAGUCGUCACCAAAAAGUAGGGUGAGUGAUCAUUUCACGUUUGCAAGUAUAUUCAAUUUCAAGGCCAAUUACCCACCCCAAAACAGCGUUGUUGCUGACAUGGAGAAACUUGUGCAACCCAGUGUGAUUGUGCCACCACAAACGGUGGCAGAUCAUGAUGGUGCUACCUGCACCUAUAACUCAUCUUGGGAAAGCUCAAGUGUGUCGGCAGACAGCAGCAAUGAGUGGGUGGGUUUCAGUAGUUUACAACAUGGGUUGGAUUCAGAUGGGUCGGAUACUUGUGAAGGAAGUUAUUUUGGAGACCAAAUGAUCGGAGGGUGGAUGAGUAGCCCAGAUAUUAGUGAUGGUGGUUCCAGGAGUAAAAGGUUUAAGGUUUCUUCAUCGGUUAUGGUUCCUCCCAAGUUUAGUGGUCAAACUACCGAGUCUGGUUUUCCAUGGUGAGAUAAGGAAACUGAUGGGAGUUUGUGGAGUUUACUAGAAGUUGAAGGGUUUAUUUAAAAGGGUUUCUCUUCAAACUAUGGGGGCGUCAUGGAAAAUUAUCACGCACCCUUUUGUUUUCGUUCGUUCUUUCUAUUUUAGGGGUCUUGCUCAGCGAUGUAAAAAAACUAAUACAGUAUGGGUUUUAGUUAUAUGGUUCGAGACUUUACCAAGUUGACCUAAA